GAGAGAGAGAGAGAGAUGCAUGUGACCACAGCGCUCCACUGAGGUCUAUGUUGAAUCAGACGUGAAUUUUACCCUCUACUGAACGCGGAUUUCUGAAAGAGGAGAUUUAACACGGUCAAAAGGAGCCUGAAAGAAAGACCGAAGCAAAAAGCGAAAUGGAGAAGUGAGGAUGCUCUCUUCCAGAUGUAGUGUGUGGGUGUGAAGCUGUCUGUCGCACAUCAGCUGGUUUCUGUCACUGAGCACCGAGAACACGCGAUGUCAGUGCAGGAGUUUGUGUUUUUCAGGAUAAUUCCCACGCCAUAAGAAGAGAUUUGGACUGUGGGAAUGUGUGCUGAAAGUCUCCUGCAUUAAUAAAUACGUAUCGACGUGCGUUCAAGGCUUUAUCUCAAAUACAGUCUGAAGUCAUAAGCCAUGGCUCUAAGGCCCACCCUCAUCUUCAUUCUCUUUCUGAUUGGCUGCUGCGCACUUGAGGACCCGCCCAAGGUUAAAGCACCACCACCUCCUCAUGGAUGUAGCGCUACAGUGGACCCACCCUACAGAGUUUUGUGUGAUCUGGAGUCCGUGUGGGGCGUGGUGCUGGAGGCCGUAGCGUGCGGCGGUACCAUAUCUGCUUUGAUCAUAGCAGUGAUUCUGUUAGCCAAGCUGAAAACGGUAACAGAACCGGAGAAGCGAUGUGGUGUCGGUCCUCUCCUCCUCCUAUUGGCUGCAACGAUGGGCCUCUUCAGCCUAUCGCUGGUGUUCUUGGUGGGGCGUGGCGAGGUGCUCUGCAUGGUGCGCCGUGGGCUGUGGGGGGCGCUGUUUGCGAUGUGUUUCUCCUGUCUGCUGGUGCAGGGAGUGCGGCUGAAGAAGCUGGCCGGAGGGAGGCGGAGCCCAGCAGGCAGCUCUCUCACCGGAUUGGCAUUUACACUCACUAUGGUUCAAGGCAUCAUUGCUGGAGAGUGGCUGCUGCUUACGGUGGUCCGCGAGGGACAUGCAGCCUGUGAUUACCUGCCUCUAGACUUUGUGUUGGUGUGUAGCUAUGCUCUAGCGUUGUUGUUAGCUGCUAGCAUGUUGUCGCUGGCUGUGGUGUUGUGUGGAGGGACAAACAGAGAGGAGUCGAGCAGGAAGACGAUGAAGUGGAGGUGCAAUGCUGUCUGGCUUUUCCUCUCAUGUCUGUCUUCGCUUCUCCUCUGGGUCGCCUGGCUCGGUCUCUAUCUGUACGGUAACGCCACCAUCACGACCGUAGCGAAGGAUUGGGAUGAGCCAGCUUUAGCAGUUGCCUUGGUGAGUGAGGGUUGGGUGCUGCUGUUAUUUCACGCUAUCCCAGAAACGCACCUGUGCUUGCGUCCGUCCAGUCAGAGGAAUGCAGACACCGGGCAGAACUACUACGACACCCCUCAGCUGCCGACGGCACAGAGUUACCAUGAUGAUGAGCGGCCGACCAAUCCCAGAGCUCCGUUCGCAGAGAGUCAGGCGUACACCGUAGAGGAGCACAGUGCAGUUCUGCAGACAGGAGGUUAUCAUAAUGGACUGAUACGUCCCGCUGUGCCGUUCAGGAGUCACGUUUACCAGCCCACUGAGAUGGCCCUGCUCAUGAACUCAGGACCCAUCCCAACGGCCCCUCCAAACUUCACAGGGAGGCAUCUGUGGUGAGAACGAUUACCAAGGCAAUAAUGUCCUCUUCUGCCGCCAGAUGAGGGUGAUUUACAAAGUCAAAAGGCACUUUAUUAAGGUUCCAUGUUAAUCAUUUGGAAAUGCUCCUCUAAUAGAAAAGCUGAUUUAAUUAAUGGACAUUUUCCACAUGGGAGCAGGCUAAUUUUUGCACAUGUUCUCUAUUAAGUGCUGAAUACAAAAUAAAGGACAUGCUAUAUAUUUGAUAUCACUCUGGUGAUGUCUGUUUAGAUUACAUGAAUCAGACAAAUCGAGGACCUGUAAGAAUUUACAUAAAUAGAGAUGUGUGAAAGAGAAAGGAGAGUAAGUGUUAAAGUCAACAUGAAAAGCUGGUGACAGACCCAAGUACUUACAUAAUCUGACACAUUUCUGAGUGUGAGAGAAUAAAUGUCAUUCAUUCAUUUAUUCAAUGUGAAUUGAUUGACAGUUUCUGUGGACAGCAGGGGAAAAUUAAGAGGGAUCCGAAAUGUCAGCUAAAAAAAAGCAUAUUAUUUCAAAGAAGUACACACAGAUUAAUUAUUCCAAAUCUAAUCAGAAAUCUGUAUUAAGUGGUCAGUUGACAUGUUGACUUUAAUAAAGCGAUUGCGUGACAGAGAUUAUUUCAAUAAUUUCUAGCCUUAGCAAAUCUUUUACCUACAUUCCACUUUAAAUAUAUAAUCAAAAUCUAUCACUUUGAAAUGUGUUGAAUUUAUCUGAACUGUUUUGUAUUCAAUUGUUCAAUUGGUAUCUUCUUUUUAAACCUUUUUUAAUUCAAUCUUUUAGUUUUUUUUAGAUAUCACUUUUGAUGUUCUUUUCCUAUCUUUGCACGCUUGACUGUCAGUCUUUAUGAUGCAUCUAUAAAUGUAAUGCCGUGUUUGAUCUUGUAAGGCAAUACUGUGUACUAAACGUGUCUGGAUGCUGCUGUGACGGUGCUGCAGUCUCACAGUGAGACAUUUCAACAGGGUCAGUGGAAACGGCUGAAUCGUUCUUUAUUCUGUUCGUGAUGUUCAGGUAUAUUGCACAGAAUCGCUGUAUUUUUCCCUAUACUUGAUGUCUAUAUUUGAGACAAAUUCUAAUAAACAUUCCUACAGUGUU